GAUGCCGUCAAUAACAGGUCGGCAUAAAAUGUUUGCCAUGAUAAUUGUUAUUCUGAGCUGUUACUUCUCGUUGACGGCCGGACUAAGUUAUUUUGCCAAACUGAACGACAAUCCCGACAUCAAGCUCACAACACCCGAAUUAGUGACAAAAUACGGAUAUCAUAUAGAGAUUCAUGACAUUAUUACGGAAGAUGGUUAUAUUCUGCAACUGCAUCGAAUAUCGAACGGUCGCAAUAAUAAUGAUGUGAAAUGUAAAAAGAAAACAAUACUUUUAAUGCACGGUUUGGGAGGUAGCUCCGCCGAUUGGAUUCUCACGGGUCCUAAGAAAUCAUUAGCAUACAUAUUAGCUGAUACCGGUUACGACGUGUGGCUAGGAAAUAACAGAGGCAACGUUUACUCGAAAAAUCACACUUCAUUGUCACCGAAAAAUCGAAGUUUCUGGAAUUUCAGUUAUCACGAACUUGGUAUCUACGAUCUUCCUGCGAUGAUCGAUUAUAUUUUAAACGUAACGAAGCACGAGAAAAUCAUAUACAUUGGUCAUUCGGAAGGUACAACGCAGUUUUUCACGAUGGCUUCGGAAAAACAUCGGUACAAUUCGAAAAUCAGUCUGAUGAUCGGGCUGGCACCCGCGGCUUUCAUCGGCAAUCUUAGCGGUCCGAUUACAAAACUAGCAAAGUUGACAAAUCUCGGCGCGUGGAUCGGUGAAAAUUUUGGAUAUCCAGAAAUGCAUUCUCGAUCCUCUUGGGGAAAAUUCGUAUCGAAUCUAUUCUGUUACGACACGGCAGUCACACAAUUCUUCUGCACCAAUAUGCUAUUUAUGUUCAUUGGAUUUAGUCAGGCGGAAUUAGAUACGGAAACUCUAGCGGUUAUCACCGGUCAUGUGCCCGCAGGCGCUUCUUGGAAGCAAUUGGUUCAUUAUGGUCAAGGAUAUAUUAAUGCAGGACAGUUUAGACAAUUCGACUAUGGCAAAGACAAGAAUCUUCGAAUGUACAAUUCGACCACACCGCCGCAUUACGAAUUAGAUAAGAUCACGGUGCCGAUUGUUCUUUUUAGUGGCGAAAAUGAUUGGUUGACACCUACAAAGGAUGUUGAAGUUUUAUCCUCGAAGCUUAACAGUGUACUGUAUCAUUACAAGAUCCCUAAUUCUACGUUUAAUCACUACGAUUUCCUGUGGGGAAAAUCUUCUUUCCAAACGGUGUUUCAACCUAUAUUACAAUUACUAUCUCAAUAUUAACAAGUGUUCUCACUUUCAAACAACACUAAAAGACAAUUGAUCUUUGUAACAAAAGAAAUUAUAAAAAAAUUAUAAAAAUAAAAUAAAAC